AUGUCUGUACGUCUUGGAGUGAUUAUCCUCAUGAAAACUGACAUCAUCUACAACGAACUGCAAGUGCAUUCACGGAAAAGCAACGAAAUUUACGGUCGUCGACGAGACGACGAGGGAGGUUUCGCUACGACCCGACGUAUCGGAAAUGGUCAUGAGAAUGGUAUCAUCAAACGUCCUUUUAGUGCCGAUGCUUCACGAAAUGUUCAGGAUACAGAACUUGAUGUGAAUCGGCUUCGAGUUAUAUUUAGGAUGGAAAUCGCUUCCUCAAAACAGCAGUGUUUUAAAACGUUAAGUCUAGAUGUACGAAUAACUAUGAAGAAAAAUGUAAUCGUGUUCCUUUGUGUACACUGCAAUCAAUCGAUCGCUAUGGAUUCAACUCCUAAUGGCAACAUCAAGAAUGAUAUCUGCGAGAACAUCAACGAAAAUCGCGAUAUCGCGCAAGCUUUCGAAUCGAUGCCAUCGAAUGAUAUGAACCCUUUUGCUCGUGGUGUCGUUCCAGAAGAUAUGUGCCAUAUGGAUUCAGAUGACAAUUUUCCCAAAAUUACCCAUCACGAAUUUUUCAUUGAAAAUCCUUUUUCAGCACCCGCUGCUGUGAAUAUGUCGAAUGUGAACAGCUCGAACGUCAACGUUGAGAAGAAUGACGCCUUGUUCGAUUUCUGGAGCGAUGGAAGUUACUCAUUGAGCGAUUUCUGGAACAUGGUCGAAGGAAACCGCGCUGAGCAAGAUGUGGAGAAUGUCGCGGAGGAGAACAUGAGAGGAGAUCGUGGCGUUGUAGCUGAACAAAACUACAACAACGUCGAGAAUGAUGUUGAGCGUGAAGUUGCGCCCGGUGCUGAUCCCGAGGACCGGUCCGAUAUUGAGCCUCAUCUCGUUUCCGAUUCUGACUAUGAUGUUGAUUCUGGUGCUGAGCAUGAUGUCGAUUCUGAUACUUCUGAUGUCGAGUACGAUGCCGUGUCUGAAGCUGAACAAGAUGUGGAUUCUGGUGCUGAGCAAGAUAUCGAUUCUGGUGCUGAGCAGGAUAUUGAUUCUGGUGCUGAGGAAGAUUUGGAUUCUGGUGCUGAACAAGAUGUGGACUCUGACGAUGACGAUGACGAUGAGAUUGAUUUCGUGUCCGGUGAUGAGGAAGGUGUCGUGCCCGUUAUUGUCCAGGAUGUCGAGCAAGAUGUUGGGCAAAACGCGGAUUCUGAUGCUGAACAAGACGGCGAAUCCGAUGAUGGCAGCGAAAAUGAUGCGGAGGAGAACGAUGACACCGAAUCGAACCGUACCUAUUCAUCGUUGUCUUCGAAUUCCACCGUGUAUGAAGUCCAUACUGUACCGGUUCCUCAUGUUUCUAGUGUGGGCGGUCGUGUUGGAUAUCCACUUCUUCAUGUUUCUCCGGCUGGUACAGCGUGUCUUUCGCUUAGCCGUAUUUUGAAGAUGGAAUUAUCUUUCGACCGUUGUCUGUUCUUGACAUGUUUGAAUGACUUUUCCAUUUUCAUCAAUGACAAUGGUACGGCCUCGUCUAUUGUCCAUAACAGCGCUCGAAUUGCUCAAAGAGAUGAUAAGAUUUAUGUGAAAUUCACGUUGGGACGUAACGAUCAACACGUUAUCCUGGGACCAGAAGGUGUCGUAUUCACGUCGCGUAAUCUUGAGGGAGCAUACCUUCUCAGUCAAGGAGCUGUUAGCGAAAUUGGACUGGAUGGUCUCGACUUUUCGCUCGGAUAUCUGAAUAAUGAUAUUUGCUCUUGCAAUUUUUAUGCUUGGGCCAGAACUGGUCCAGAGUACUAUCCAGCAAUUGAUCGCAAUAUCAAACGUGCCGUUAUGAAAACUAAGCGUAAUGGAAAAUCUGAUGUGUGGAUUGAUGGAUUCCGUAUCACUAGAGAUCCGAAUGGUGAUGUGAGCCUUUGUUUUCAUCCGGUUUUCAUUCGUCUUAGCCUCAGCAACAACACAAUUCUCGUCAGAGCUCCUUCGAUUGAAAUGUAUAUUGAGGAAGGCAGAGUUGCUCGUGUUAGAUACGGUAACAGAAGGGCUUACGCAUCCAAGACCGGAAUGAUGCUUUGGGAUAGCCUCAAGUCGUGCUCGAUGGAUCAGAAUGGGCGUAUCGUCACCCUUUAG